GACAGCCGACAGCCUUAGCCUUGACAGAGCCAGCAGACGACCGCUCCCUGCCUGUGCUUUCUAUUUGCCCGCAUUGUUCUCAAUUCGUCAUUAUUAGUAUCAUUAGCCUAUCAUCAGUUAGUACCAUACUUUUUCCGAAAGGUCUGUCAAAACGUUGCGUUUAAGGUGCCUUAUAGCGUGCAUUUUCUUUCUGCCAUAUACUGACCGAUAUUGCUGGAGCGACAGACUAUAUAAGAAGACACGGUUCUCCAGUGUCAUCAAUAAACUCAGGAAUAAACUCCUUGAACUCUGAGAGAUUCGAUUCGGAUUGACUUCUAACUUGAACAACAUAUCAGCAUGGAAGCGCGACCCACACCCCAUUUCAGAAACCCCUUCCCUCAAAGACCGUGGGUAACCCGCACCGGGGUGCCUCUUGCAACCCCUAGCUCUAAUACGGGUCUGAAAGGUGCUAUUGCAGGUGGCAUUACAGGUGCCUUGGAGAUAACUAUAACAUAUCCUACAGAAUAUGUUAAGACACAGCUUCAGCUUGAUGAGAAGGGAGGUGGAAAUGUUGGACGCCAGAAGCAGUAUACAGGCAUUGUUGAUUGUGUUAAAAAAACAAUUCAGUCCAAAGGUGUUUUUGGAUUAUACAGAGGUCUCAGUGUCUUAAUUUAUGGCUCCAUCCCAAAGUCUGCUGUGCGAUUUGGAGUAUUUGAAGAACUUAAAGGAAAAAUGGUUGAUGGGAAAGGUAAUUUAAAUGCUUCAACUCGUCUUCUUUGUGGUUUGGGUGCUGGAGUGUGCGAAGCUGUUUUUGCUGUGACUCCAAUGGAAACCAUUAAAGUUAAAUUUAUUGAUGACCAACGAUUAGCACAACCUCGCUUUAGAGGGUUUUUUCAUGGCGUCAGGACUAUUGUCAAGGAGCAAGGUGUAGGAGGAGUUUAUAAGGGAGUGACACCUACGAUAUUAAAACAGGGUACCAACCAAGCAAUGCGUUUCUUCGUUGUUGACACUUUAAAAGACAUAUAUCGAGGUGGAGAUAACUCCGUAGUGGUUCCCCCACUUAUCAGUGGGUUUUUUGGCGGAAUUGCUGGCACUGUGUCAGUUUUUGGAAACACUCCUAUUGAUGUAGUUAAAACAAGAAUGCAGGGUUUGGAUGCUAAUAAGUAUAAAAAUACACUAGAUUGUGCUAUUCAAAUUUGGAAGAAUGAAGGACCAAUUGCGUUCUAUAAGGGUACAGUUCCUCGCCUUGGACGCGUUACAUUGGACGUUGCCAUCUCAUUCAUGAUCUAUGAUAGUUUUAUGGAGUAUUUUAAUAAGGUUUGGCCUUAAACCAAAUGAGAUUUAGUAGAUGGCAGAAAGUAGAGUGAUAACUAGCUUUCUGUGAUAGUCUUGAUAGGCAAAAAUAUUUUCCAAACAUGAUUAUUUUUUUGUGAAAUGAGCACCUAUUUAUAUCAAUAUUGAUGUCCACAUGGUCUAGAUAAGUUACUGUUUUAUUUAUUACGCAAGGUGUGUACUUCUGUUUUUAUUGCUACUCGUUUUUUGUGUGUGUGUGUGUGUGUGUUGUUUUUUUUUUUAAUAUCACACAUUCUCUUACAAUCUAUAUUUGUUUUUGAUCCUUUAAGGUCAGGAUGGUUCAGGCAACUAUUAUUUUGUGACCAAUUUUAUGAUUUGUGCUAUAGAUCUCAUUGAAAUCAGUCAUUAUUUUUUAUGAUAUCAGAGUUUGGUAUACGAGAUUGCUCAUGAGCACUAGAUGAGACUGAUUAAGUGAUAUCUCAGUUGCAUAUCGUGUUCUAUUCAUUCAUGGAGAUAUCUGUAUCUCAUUUCAUCUGUCGAAUUUAGGUAUAUUUUUGCUAGUGACUGUCAAUUUUAAUAAUUGUUUUUGAAAUAUGCAUAUAUUUAUGCAAUUUUAUUCCAUGAUGUGUGUUGUUUUUGAGCAAGGGCACACCUUCCUCAAGAUGUUGUUGAGCACUCUGUGUUAAUGCUUAAUGCAUGGCAGUAAACACUCAUUUGUAGUAUUGGUGAUAGUGGCGUUUAGCAAUAAAUGUCAAGAUUUUAAAAGCUGUUGAAAUGCACUUUGUGAUCCACAUCCUUGUACGCCGGAUUAAUUUUUGGGUGUGCCUUUAAUGUUGUCUGAAUUAUAUUCUUUUUUUAUUUAAAAUUUUGUAGAACCUCUCAUUGACAGAUGUUCAUCCUGUUUUGUGGAUAUCAGCUUAAGACUAACACCUCUGACAUAUGGUACAAAGAUUUUGUUAUUGUUGAUAUAUUUUAUAAGUAAUUUUGAUGAGUAUAUGUGAUGUUAAUGAAGCAUUCCAAACUUGUGUUUAAUUUUAUUGGAUGUAGUAAUGUCGUAUACAUUCAAGACAUGAACCAACUUUUAUGUGAGAUCAUAAAUUAACUAGUCUUGUUUUUAUUGUUUUUGUUUGGAAGUGCUGAAUAGUACACUGUAAAUGGUAAGCGAAAGUUGGUUUAGGUGGAUUUAUGGUAGGAAUGCUGAGAGCAUAGUAGGAAUGUUCCCAUUGUAAAUCUACCCUUAGUGAGUCUGUGAGCUUUUCUCUUGUUUUUGCUAGCUUUUGCUGAUAUUAUAGAAUACUCAGAGAUUUGUUUAUAUGGUAUGAUUCCUAUGGGUUUGAUCUCAAUGAAUGUAAGUUACUGUGCAUGCUGACUGUACUUGAGGCAGUAAUAUAUAUACCACAUUGUAAGGUAUUUGAGAUACAAUAAAUAUUCUGGACAAAUUCUUGA